CACCCGCCUCCCGCCAUGUCUAAACCCUCUGACGUGUCCUUCUUCCUCCUCCUUCUGGUCCUCUGCGGCCAGGCCCAUGGAGGCCGCUUGCUCCUCUCCGACUUCAACCAAUCAACGUCAUCCGAUCUGAUCUCCGAUGGAGUCCACCACCACCACCGGUCCCAUACCUUCGCGCCCUACCUCACUCUCAAGAACGCCCUCUCGGCGGAGGACUCCACCUGCGAGCAGACCUACGGGUUCCUGCCCUGCACCACCACCGUGAUCGGCAACCUCUUCCUGAUUCUGGUGUAUGGUUACCUGAUGUACUUGGCCGCCACCUACCUCUCCAACGGCAGCGAGCUGUUGCUCGAGAUUCUCGGGCCCGGUAUCAUCGGAGGCUUGUUCCUCCCCAUCCUCGGCGCCCUUCCCGACGCCAUGCUCAUUCUCGUAUCCGGACUUUCUGGAACUAAAGAAACUGCUCAAAGUCAGGUCUCUGUAGGAAUGGGCUUGCUAGCUGGUUCUACUGUAAUGCUUCUUACGGUAAUAUGGGGUUCCUGUGUUAUUGUCGGAAAGUGUGAUAUUCAGGGAUCGAUUGCCAUGGAUAACAAAGAUACAAAAGGGUUGAGCUUAACUGGUUCUGGUGUCAGUACUGAUAUCUGGACAAGCUAUGCUGCAACGAUUAUGAUUGUAUCUGUCAUCCCAUUUCUUAUUGUGCAAUUACCACAGCUCCUCAAUUCCACCUCGGGUAGACACCUAGCAGUUUUGAUCUCACUCGUUGUCUCGGUAGCACUAUUGCUUUCUUAUUGCCUUUAUCAGGUGUUUCAGCCUUGGAUCCAGAGGAGAAAAAUUGCUUAUGCAAAGCACAAGCAUGUAAUAUCAGGACUCUUACAACACCUGAAGAAGCGUGCAUUGGGAAAGCUUCUUAAUGAUGAGGGUGAACCUGAUGCAGACAUUAUCGAGAAGUUGUUUUGUACAAUUGACGAGGAUAGGGAUGGGUUUCUUUCAGCUUCUGAAUUAAGAGCACUGAUUGUAGGAAUCCGGUUUGAUGAAAUACAGUUGGAUAACAAUGAAGCUGUAGAGAAAGUGAUGAUUGAUUUUGACACUUCUCGUGAUUCCCAUAUCAGUAGUGAUGAGUUCUUCAUUGGCAUCUCAAAAUGGCUCAAUGAGGCAAAGCGUCAAGGAGAUAUCAGUACUGACCCCAGUAAUCGUACAAUGAAGUUAUUAACAGACUUUCACAAGCGAACAAAAGAAGAGCAUGCUCUUUUGGGGCCGGAUGACCAAAGUGAUGAGGUUGUCGAGGGUGUUGAGAAUGUGAAGUGGACCUCUAUCAAAGCAGGAUUAAUGUUGUUGGUAGGAACUCUUAUUGCCGCUGCAUUUGCAGAUCCCUUGGUAGACGCUGUUGAUAAUUUCUCCGAUGCCACAAGCAUUCCAACUUUCUUCAUCUCAUUCAUUGCUCUACCUCUGGCUACUAAUUCUAGUGAGGCUGUAUCAGCGAUUAUAUUUGCCAGCCGCAAAAAAAUAAGGACUGCCUCGUUAACAUUUUCUGAGUUAUAUGGUGCAGUAACCAUGAAUAACCUCCUCUGCCUAGCGGUAUUUUUGGCCCUGGUUUACGCCAGGGGAUUAACGUGGGACUUCUCAUCGGAAGUCCUGGUGAUUCUCAUCGUUUGCGUUGUGAUGGGUCUUCUAGGCAGUCUCCGCACCGUCUUCCCUCUUUGGACGUCUUCAAUUGCUUACCUACUCUACCCAUUCUCCCUGGCGCUGGUUUACGUCCUGGACUAUGUUUUUGGCUGGUCAUAGACACAUGAGGUCGUACGAAUCCGUUUUGAGUGGUCUUCGGCUUAUAUAAAUCGACAUGUUUUUUUCAGUUUACAAUUUUCUUAUGGUUUCCAUGAUAUUUGAUAAUGUUCUUGUGAGUAUGCCUGUUUCAUUUUCGUCAGAAACUUGAGAUUUGUAGGGGCACUUGUAUUAUCAGACAAUUUUCUCUGUAUAAGCAAAACCCUGAUAUGUUAUUGCAAUUUUAACAUCUCGAGUUAUACCUUCUGAAA